AUGUCUGAUCACAGGUGGCCCAAAGAAUCCUUCGACGAAAAUGGCAAGAGGUAUAUGAAAUUUUGGGCUGAUGGAGCAUGGCAUGACAGUCGUAAUGUCCUUCAAGACUCAUCCUCUACUUCUCAAUCACCACAAUACACUCGGCCCAUACCUAACCCAGGCCAACCUACCGACUCAUCGCCUUCUUAUAAUCAGGGAUACUCAACUUCUCAGUCCUAUUCCACAGGACAGAACCAGCCUACCCAUUUUCCUGCCUCUACUCAAGGCUACUAUGACACUAAUCAGGGCUACUCUGGCGCAAGCCAAGACUAUCAUACCCAGCCCGCCCCUGAGGGUUGGAUGUCUAGUAUGAAUGUCGACACAUCAUACACGCAAGGCCGCGCUUCAAUCCCAUCAGACAGCGAUAGAAGAGAUACAAGCUAUGCUUCAGGCUCGGCUCCAAUACAACACCAAGCCGGUUACACUUCCUCGCUUACGGGCAGUACCCAGAUGUUUGAAGAGCCCGAAGAAAUGGAUUGGAGCACAAGCGCAGUUCGCUCGGAAGCAAUCUUCGCAAGUAGGCGAUCAGGCUCUGGUUCCGGUUCGGUCAGCUCACCGAGGCGCUUUAACUUUGAUUAUCAGAGUUCCAUGGACAGUAACAUACUUCGCUGUCCCUAUAAAUUACCGGUUGUUGAUCCUAUAACCCAUGUAUCUGACGGCAGUGGAGCAGAACGAACAUGCAAUGCAGUAGCGGAAAAAGGUAUAAGAUACUGCACAACGCAUAGGGACGGUAUGUCACUUCCGAUGUAUUGCCAGUCACUUUUAAGAGAGGAACAGGAGUAUACUGAAGACUCUGCUGGAAAUUUUAUAGGCUUGGAACCAAGGCUCAAGACAAUGGUAAGGCUACCAUCGGGUGCUUUUGAUAACCCACGAUGCGGUAACCCAAUGAUCACCGAGCAGUUCUACUGUCUAAGCUGUCGGCCUCGUUUACUAAACUGUUCUUUUCAAGUUGCAAAUCCAACUGUACCUCUAUGCGACAGAGUAGGUCAACCAGAACAUGAUCCAGUUCACACGUCGGUGUGGCCUCGCGUUUACCAGAAUUUUUGGAACUGUCCAGAUCACAAAACGCGUCUUAAUCAGGGGCCAUACCCUUCUGCUCUUGCUCGAAGACCCUCAUCUACUUCAUUCGGAGAUCCAGAGCCGAGUUUAUAUAUGGAGGGAGUUGCGCCACUUCAACCACCCCCAAGCUCACGAAGGUCUGGAGCCGCUCGGGCAGAGUACUCUGGAGGAAAGUUUAUGCACAAGAGUAGAAAAAGCGAUUCAACAGAAUAUACCAAAGAGCAAUGGAAGGAAGAACGAGACAAUGAGAAAGCGGAAAAUGCGAGGUUAGGAAGGGAGCGCGAGCACGGAAAACGAGAAUCGGGACAACAUAGGCAACCAAGUAGAGGGCAGGGUGGAGAGGCAAGUACGAGGAAGCAUCGUCAUCGACCUUCGAAAUAA